AUGAAAAUUUUCAUAAUAUGUCUACUGCAUAUAUAUGCUACAUUUUCUGUCUCCCAAAUUACCUCAAGAGCUCCUUACAACACUCAAACUCCCAGCUAUUCUGGUUGCCCUGAUGGGUUUAUUGUACUUAAUGGGUACACAUGUAUCCAGGUGAGCACCACUAAGAAGCUUUUUAUGGAUGCACUCUCCGAUUGUCAAAGUUUUCCCGGUGGAAAUUUAGUCUCAAUUCAUAAUUCUAUUGACAACAAAGCACUAGCCUUUUCGGUAACCUCAUCGGAUCCCAAAUGGAUCGGCCUGAUCUGCACUGAGACUAGCAGCCCCUGCAACUGGACGGAUUAUAGUUCCGACACCUCCAGCUAUAGCAAUUUUGUCGCUGGAAACCCAAAUUUGGAUGUCGGAAAUUACGUGUACAUGCUGGUAUCAGGAAGUUCAGCUGGAAGAUGGGUAUCUGCAGAUCAAUACACACAGUUGAAGUAUAUUUGUGAAGUUCCAUUUCACGUGACUAGCACCUCUGGCACCCCCACCAGAGCACCUACACCUACGCCAAAUGGUUCAGUACCUUGUCCUGAGGGGUUUUGGAGCUACAAGGACAACACUUGUCUCAAGUUAUUCAAUACGCCGAUGCUCUACCAAGAUGCAAGUUAUGUGUGCGGAAAUUUUAGUAAAGGAAGCAACAUGGUUUCAGUUCUAGAAGCACAAGACGAUUUCACUCUCAAGCUCAUUUCCGGCCUUAACAACCUGACUCGGCCCAUUUGGCUUGGCUUAUCCUGUCAAUAUCCGUCAGCUUCCUCAUGCUCCUGGACUGAUGGCUCUGGAACAACUAGCAACUAUAACAACUUUGCACCUGGCAAUCCAAAUACCGAUGUAGGAACUCGUGCUUACAUGUUGACAUCCGGAAAUUCCGCCGGGAAGUGGAUAUCCUCAGAUGGAGAUUAUUCCUACUACAGCUUUUUUUGUGAGGUGCCCAGGGCAGAUUCCUGUGAGCAUACGUACAAUGGCUUCUGCUACUCAGUCAACACAAAUCUACUAGAUGAGCCUGAUGCCCGACAAGUCUGCCAAAGAGUUUCAGGAGACUUGGUGUCAAUUCACUCUCAGGCUGAAAACCUCUUCCUUCAGUCCUUGGUAAAUUCCACAGGAGUAGCAGAGUAUAGGAUCGGAGCAGCAACUGAUGGAGUCGGGAAGUAUUGGGUCGACGGGAGCACGUUUGAUUAUUCCAACUUUGGAUAUUUCAACCCAAACCUAGGAAAAUGUUCAAGCCUGGCAAUGAGUGGGAGUGUGAUUCCAAAGGGGCAAUGGUUGAGCACCAACUGUAAUAAUAAAAUUCCAUUCAUCUGCAAGCAUCCACAGAAUCUGCCCACGCCGACACCAACUGCUUUAGGACAGUGUAAUGGAACUCAGUUCUUGACUGGAAAUGGAUCGUUCUACUCUCCCGGCUACCCCGAUCAAGCCUCCGGCUACCCAACUCCAUGCACCUACAUAAUAACUGAAUCUCAAGGCUCGAUCGCUCAAUUGCAAUUCGAAGUUCUUCACCUUUUCUGGGGUCAGAAUAUGCAGCUCUUCUCUGGAAUCGAUGAAACUCAGCCAUUUGCCAUAGUUGACAUUUAUAGCAAUAAGAUCUAUAACUCUACUACAAAUGUGUUAAAAGUGGUGUUCCACUGCAUCACAAGUAACUACGCAACUUAUUCAUGGGCAGCUAAUUAUGGAACUAAUAUUUCUUAACCGUUACGAAAAUGAAUGAUCAUUCAAGU